AGCUAUACCAAAGACGACACAAGAAAGGACUGUUUAAAGGAAGGAGGCGUUUAUGGUGUCUUGAGGCCAGUCUCUGAGGGAAGUCGAUGGCAGCUGCAUGGACGGCACAAGCUCAGCUGAUCUACGGCAGCAGCCGGGAAGGAGAGAGGGACACACGCGAGAGAGACUUCCACAGACAAUUGCUGAAAAGCACAAAAGAGACUUUCUUUAUUGAAAAAUAAAUCAGAGUCAAACCUAAAAAGAGAUGUCCUUCCUUGGUGGUCAGUGGAACCCGCACGACGACGGCAAGAGACCGUCACAUUUGGCACCCAACCUGGCUGGACCACCGGAGGCAGGGGAAGACGAGCAGCCGCAAACAAAUAGAGGUGGCCCGCCAACAGUGCCAGGUCCUGGCCGGGCCGACGGCCGUCGCCAUUCUCCGUAUGGGGGAUGAAGAGGACCCCCAUGCCUUUCUGGACAUUUUUUUGGCCACGGUGAGAGCAUGCGCGUGGCCGGAAGAAGAGUGGAGGGUGCGGCUCUUGCCGCUCUUGAAGGGGAAGGCGCAGCGAGCGGCGCUCAAUCUGCCGGCAGCGUCCAGGGUGCGCUUUGAGAUCCUGAAGAUUACUGGCGCCAAGUUAAGGUCCAUGCGGCUGGGGAAGGAGGACCGGCCUUUUCCAUUCUGCCAGCGGCUCCAGGAGGCGGCAACACGCUGGCUGCAGCCGGAAGAAGGCGAGGGCAGGCUGCUGGACGAGCUCGUCCGGGAGCAAUUCCUGGAGGCGAUCCCGAAGCGGACUGCUAACUGGGUCCGGUACCACCGGCCCCGAGACCUGGCAGCUGCAGUGACCCUCGCCGAGGACCACCUGGCCGUCCACCGCGAGGGGCAACCAGCAACCCCGGCACACGGACAGAGGGAGCGACAGGCAAAGGAGAGGAGAGCACACAUUCCCCACCUUAACCUGCGUGACCGCCCUUAUGCUCUUUUCCCGCAGGUCCCGACUGCUGUCCCCAGAACAUCUCCCGCUCAGACGGCCCCUCAAAUGCUUGGGCUGGCGUGCUGGAGGUGUGGGCGGCCCGGUCACGCCAGUCAGGGACCUCAACAGGUGGAGGUGGGGCGCGUGGCCCUGGUGGCUGGCCAUUCAGUGCCCUCCCCCGGUAUCAAGGUAACGAUACAAGGGAGUAUAUACCAGCCGAUGGUGGAUUCAGGCUGCGGGCAGACCAUGAUCCACCAGAACCUAUAUUUUUGCGUGAUUAGACAAUAUCUAAGUUAA